AUGGGGGCACCAAGUGGCGGUUUAAGAGGCAGAAGGAAGUCAUCAACAAGGGGACACCACAGGUUUGUUGGGGUUAGGCAGAGGCCAUCAGGGAGAUGGGUGGCAGAGAUUAAGGACUCGUUGCAAAAGGUUCGGCUCUGGCUUGGAGCUUUUGAUACUGCUGAGGAUGCUGCAAGAGCAUAUGAUGACGCAGCUCGGGCAUUGCGCGGUGCUAAUGCUCGUACAAACUUUGAAUUGCCUCAGCCUGCACCAAAUUCUGGGCCUGGUGGUCGGGCUAAUCUUUCAGAAGUUGAGCGUUUCUCGUCUGAGGACGUUUGCGGGACGGGAACUGAAGCAGAAGGGAUUCUCGGUGCACUCAAAGCCAAGCUGCUUGAUGGCAAGGGAUUGCGGGUGCUUCCAUCUGCUAAUUGCUCUUCAAGUGUGCAGCCUGACAUGAUUGCGAAUAUUUCCCACAAAAACAAUUCUAAGAGAGAGCUGGCAUCAAUAGCUUCCAUUACUCACGGAGUUGGAACUGUCAACGCUAUUCAGGAUCCUGGUAGUUCAGGAAUAGGUAAGGGUGACCUUGUCUUAGAUCUUGAUCAUGGUGACAUGAUGGCAGGUCAUGUUGCGGCAGCUCAGUGGAGUCAACCAUGCCAAACUACAGCAACAGUAAACAUGGAAUGGCCUAGUGAACCUGAAGUCUCCUGGGCCACACAGAUGAACCAUAUUUCCGAUCAGGCUGCUUUGUUUACCUCUAGUACUACAAUUGCUACUUCUGCAUGGCCACUUUCUGCGACAACCCAACCAAGUUUUGAUUCAACGUAUCCGUAUCCGUGCGCCACUGAGCUGCUUAUGAACAAGAUUAGUCGAACGAUGACAACAAACAUGCCAUCACCUCAAAUUGAUGGACCAACAGAAGGUGUUUGGUCUGCUGAGCUGCACUGUGAUAAUAGUUGUUGGACUGGUGCUAAUAGCAGCAGUUGGGAUCCUUUUCUCUUGUAUCCUCAGUGUUAG